AUGGGGAUCAUUCGUCCAGCCACACCAGGCUUUCUUACAACUCUCGCAGCGACAGUGCUACUUGUCAUCGUCGUGUUCUGCGUACCGUACUUCAAAAGCAUCUACUUCUUGAAAGCCAGUCUGUCGGAUUCUGGCGUCACCGGCAGUAUAACACUCGGGACUCUUGGUUACUGUCUAAAUCUUCCUGGAAAUGUUACAUGUUCAAAACCCUCCAUUGGCUAUGAGUUCGAUCCAAAUUCACUCUUAGGCAACAAAACACCCAUCGAAAUUCCCGCCGUGGUCGUCAAAUGGCUCACAUAUGCCCUUGUGCUUCAUGUUGUGGCCCUCGUCGCAGCUGGCAUUUCUGCUCUGUUCGGUUUGCUCGCUCACGUAAGGGAGCUCAGCAUGUCUUGUUUCUCCACGUGCAUCUCUGGAUUCGGCGCCGCCAUCUGCCUUCUUGCUUUCAUAUUCGAUAUCAUCUUUUUCUUCGUUGUCAAAAAACGCAUCAACAGUGUUAAGGGCGGUAGUGCCAGCUUCGGAGUUGCCGUCUGGAUGACCCUGGCUGCGUGGAUUUUGCUAUUCAUAUCAGGAUGCGUUUAUAGUUUGGGGCGAUGCUGCAUUACCACAAGGGGUCCCGAUUAUGAACGAAGGCGCAAACGUGGCCGUGAUGAAGAGGAUGAUGUGAAGGGUGGUUUCAACCCUCAAUCCGAAGCUUUACGACUGGAUGCUGUGCGGGCAGAGGAGGAGCGUAAAUCUCGAGCUAGGGAUGGAAAGAGAGAGGUUGGACUGCCUACUUUCCAGGAGUAUGAACGUACUCCUCUCACCCGCGAUAACGUUUACCUGGAGACGGGACCUUCGUAUCUCCCUCCGAACCACUCAAACAUUCCUCAAGGCAGCUAUCCUACCACUCUCGCUAAUAAUUCGCCACGGAGACAACCAUCCCAAGAACCUGGGCCGUUUCCUGGUGGGUAUGCGGGAGGGACUCCUGGAACCCGUGCGGUUGACACUUCUUGGAGCACGGACCCAAAUACUGCCGUACCUAAUAUGCCGGCAGCAGCAACCCGUUAUGGCUCACCACCUUCUCAAACGAAUUACAAUAAUCUGCCGAACCCAGGCGUGCCUCAGACUCCCGAACCUGUGCAUUCGCAAGCAUAUGGGCAGAAUUAUGGACAGGGGAGCAACGUUGACCCGAUGAACUUCCCGACGGUCGUCGCAGUGGGAGCUGCUGCAAUGCCAAAUCCAAAGCGGCAAACCUCAUUGGGGUAUUCUCCAUAUUCGAACCUGGCACCUACACGACAGGGCACUGACCCGUAUGACCCGUAUGGUCCACAAAAUACUUCUCCGGGACAAAUAUUCGGGCCUCGCCGCCAAAAUUCGCAGCCGACACCGCAGCAAUUCUCGAAUCUUAGCCCAGCUCAAUCACCUGAACCGCGCAUACCCGAUAUUUAUGCCCAACAAUCUGUCCUAGCCACAGCAGGCUCUUUCGAUCCUUAUGUAACAUCGCACCGCCAACAGACAGACUAUUAUGAUCCCUACGCUCAGGAUCAAACACACUAUCCAACUUCUCAUACUCCUCCGGUGCAUACGGCCUCCCCACCAGCUUCCAGCCCACCUCCGACACGCGAUUUCCUUCGCGUGAACUCGAACGUCGCGCAACACGGGAGUGCAUUUACGACUUCACCUACUGAUCAGGGGAGCGUACAAGGCUUGCCGUAUGAUAGGAGAGUCGAAUCCCCUGAGCCUCAACAACACCAGCCCAACUGGAACGCCUCAACCGAGUUGGACGAUCCGCAACUUGCAUUUCCGCCAGCGAUCCAGCACCACAACCUGGAAUGUGGGGAUGAGCUAUAUAUGAGACAUCAUGUGCGAUCCUUACCCAGAGUUGCCAUAAUAUGA